CGAGUCCCGGCCCCGUCGGGACACCGGGCGGCAUUUGGGCGUCCGGAUGGGGGUGCCGGAGCGAGGAAGGGCCACGAUGGGCAGCGCCGAGGACGACCUGAUCGGGAUCCCCUUCCCAGAGCACAGCAGUGACCUCCUGAGCCGCCUCAACGAGCAGCGCCGGCUGGGCCAGCUGUGCGACCUGACCAUCCGCACCCAGGGCCUGGAGUACCGCACCCACCGGGCCGUGCUGGCCGCCUGCAGCCACUACUUCAAGAAGCUCUUCGCCGCCGCCGCCGCCGCCGCCGCCCCGGGGCCCGGGCCCGGGGCCGCCCCGCCGGGCCCGGCGGCGGCGGCGGCGGCGGCGGCGGGGGCGGGCGGCCCCGGGCCCGGCGGCUGCGGGGGCGGCGUGUGCGAGCUGGACUUCGUGGGGCCCGAGGCGCUGGGCGCCCUGCUGGAGUUCGCGUACACGGCCACGCUGACCACCAGCAGCGCCAACAUGCCCGCCGUGCUGCGGGCGGCCCAGCUGCUGGAGAUCCCCUGCGUCAUCGCCGCCUGCGUGGAGAUCCUGCAGGGCAGCGGGCUGGAGGCCCCGGGCCUGGACGCCGACGACUCGGAGCGGGCCCAGCGCUACCUCGAGGCCUUCGGCGCCGCCGCCGCCCUGGCCGACGGCGCGGGCCCCUCGGGCAGCCCCCCGCCGCCCCCGCCGCCCCCGCCGGGACCCCCGCCCGCCGCGGCCCGCCCGGUGGUGCGCCGCAGCCGCAAGCCCCGCAAGGCCUUCCUGCAGACCAAGGCCGCCCGCGCCCACGCGGACCGCCUGGCGGCCGAGCUCCCCGCCCGCCCGCCGUUCCCCUUCCCCGAGGAGGAGGCGGUGGGCGGCGGCGGCGGCGGCGGCGGGGGCGGCGGCGGCGGCGGAGGCGGCGGCGGGUCGCCCCCGCCCGACGGGCGGCUGGCCUUCGAGGCCUUCGAGGGCCGGGGCCUGGUGGGCGGCCCCGUCGGGGGCGAGGAGGAGGACGACGACGAGGAGGCGGCGGCCGCCUACCGGGGGGGCCCCUACGGCGGGCCGGGCGGCCCCGGGGUCCCCCUGUCCCCCGAGGAGCUGGGCUCGGACGAGGACGCCAUCGACGCCGACCUCAUGGCCUACCUGAGCUCCCUGCACCAGGAGGCCCUGGCCCCCGGGGCGCUGGACGGGCCCGACAAGCUGGUCCGCAAGCGGCGCUCCCAGAUGCCCCAGGAGUGCCCCGUCUGCCACAAGAUCAUCCACGGGGCCGGCAAGCUCCCCCGCCACAUGCGCACCCACACGGGGGAGAAGCCCUUCGCCUGCGAGGUCUGCGGGGUCCGCUUCACCAGGAACGACAAGCUAAAGAUCCACAUGCGCAAGCACACGGGCGAGCGUCCCUACUGCUGCCCGCACUGCCCUGCCCGCUUCCUGCACAGCUACGACCUCAAGAACCACAUGCACCUGCACACGGGCGACCGCCCCUUCGAGUGCCACCUGUGCCACAAGGCCUUCGCCAAGGAGGACCACCUGCAACGCCACCUCAAGGGACAGAACUGCCUGGAGGUCCGCACCCGCCGCCGCCGCAAGGACGAGGCCCCGGCCCCGCGCUUCCCGCCCCGUCCGCCCCACCCGGCCCCCUCGGCCGCCGCCGCCGCCGUCGCCGGCCUCGACCUCUCCAACGGCCACCUGGACGACAUCCGCCUGUCGCUGGCCCGCUUCUGGGACAGGCCCGCCGCCCCCGCCGCCCCGGCCCCCGAGGACGAGGACGAGGACGACGACGACGACGAGGACGACGAGGAGCGGGGCGAGGGGGCCGCGGCCCCCCACUCCGCCCUGGCCCUGGGCACCUCCUAAGGGACCGGCGGGGCGCCCCCGGACUCCGGCGGGGGAGCCGGACGGGCCCCGCCGGGGCGGCAGCAAUAAUCCCCGGGGGGCGCGGGACCUUCGGCUAUGCGGGUUUCCGGUGCGGGGGGCGGCGGCGGCGGGGCCGCGGAUGCCCGCCGGACCCCCCUCCCCGAGGCCCGGGCGUCCGCCACCCACCCAACCCCCUUUUCCUGAGAAGGAAUUAUGCAACCGGGUGGCGGGUGGGGGGAGGGAGACCCCGGCUCCCCGAGGGGCUGAGUCACUGGCACAGAGUCCAAGAGGGUGGGGUGUCCGUGUGUGUGUGUGUGUGUGUCUGUGUGUCCGUGUGUGUGUGUGUGUCUGUGUAAAGGGAGGGGGGUCAGCGUUGCUCCCCUCCCCCUGUCCAAGCCCUGCCCCGCCCGGGCACCGGCCCCAGGCAGAGAAUGUCUUGUUCCAGCCGCUCCCUGCCCCUCCCCUCCCCAGGCCAGGGGUGCCAGGGGUGCCAGGGGUGCCAGGGAGGGCGGGGGGAGCGCAGGGCCCCGCCCAGGUGCCUCCCCCUCCUGACUCACCCCCCUCCCCAGGACCGGCCGGAGCCCCGCAGGGAGCCCGCCGAGCGCCCCCGGGCGGCUCAUUCACUCAUUCAGUCGUAUUUAUUGAGCGCCUACUGUGUGCGGAGCACUGGGCUGAGCGCUUGGGAAGUACAAGUGGGCAAUGUAGAGAGCGCGCCCCCUGGCGGUUCGCCCGCGCAACAGCC